AUGGGCAAAACAUUUCGCAGAAUCAAGGCAUGCAUUGCUGGUAACUUCGGCGCACAAGGAGACAAGAUUAAGCAAUGGGUCGAAGCAAAUGGGGGGUCUUUUUACAAGCAAGUCGGCCCUGGUAUAACGCAUAUGAUUGCCACAGAGGCAGCAUUUCGCAAAGCCGUUCCUGAGGUGCGCGCGGCAAAGCGUAUUAGAAAUAUCAGGAUUGUGUCCAUUGAGUGGCUGGAGGACUCUCUCAUGUCCAAAAGCAAACGCCCAAAGCGAGAGGGUGACUACCUGUGGGCGUCGAAGAUCAAGACCAGAAAGAAAAUGGAGCUGGAGAAAAGAGAAGCGAGCAAAAGUACUGGUAGCGACAAGAAGACAUCUGAACCGAAAGACUAUCACCUAUACACUGACCAGCAAGGAAAUCGAUACUCUGCCUUGCUGAUCCGCCCUAGCAUGUUGACCAAAUUCAAGGAGCGACACGUUAUCAAGGUUUUUGAGUCCGAUCUGACCCCCCAUACUUAUGCUACCUCCGCAAAGUAUACCCGUGUAGGCAGAAAUGCCAUGGAUUAUUUGGCUUUGCCAGGAAGCACUCUGGAUGUUGCUCUACGUGCCUUUGGAAAGUUUUUCAAGGCGAAAGCUGGAAUUCAGUGGGAUCGGAGAGGUAAAGAAGUGCCUGCUAAGAAAAUAGUGGGUGGGUUUGAACUGCCGCCUGAAGAAGGUUGGUUUGAAUAUACACCAGAAGAGACCUCUACCGCUCUAGCACCUCCGCCGCCUCCAAAAUCAGUCCCGCCACCGCAGUAUGACGAGGAGGCAGCAACUUUGGCCACAAUCGCAAUGCUUGAAGAAGCCAUUGUAGAAAUGGAAUCAGGGGGGCGCCCAGAAACAAUUAUACUGUGA